AUGGCCAAAGAGCUUCUCACGGUCUUUGGGGCUACUGGCAAGCAGGGUGGGGCCCUGAUCAGACAUGUCCUGAACACCCCGACCCUGGCAUCCAAGUUCACACUGCGAGGCAUCUCGAGGGACACGAGCAAGAGUGCGGCCCAAGCAUUGAGCAAUGCAGGCGUCGACAUGGUCCAGGCGGACCUGAACGACCCUUCGACGCUGGAUCGCGCCGUGGCUGGCUCUCACAUAGUGUUCGCUGUGACCGAUUACUGGGUACAAGCGCUGCCGCAAGUCGAGGUUGCUCAAGGUAAGGCGAUCGCUGAUGCCGCAGUCGCCGCUGGCGUGCAGCAUCUGAUUUGGUCCUCGCUUCCGAGCAUCUCCAAGUUGACCGACGGUCGCGUCAAGACGAUACACCACUUUGACAGCAAGGCCGAGGUGGAGACUUACAUCCGCGGACUCGAUAUUGGAAGCAUCUUCUUCGCGCCAGGUUGGUUCAUGUCAAACCACCUGGAAUCUUUCAGACCUCAACCCGUGGGAAACGACACGUAUAUACUCGUCUUACCCUGGUCCAGUGCGACUCGCUUGCCGCUGAUCGAUGUCCGAGACACGGGCAAGUUCCUCGCUCCGGUCCUUCUCAACCCUAAGCGCUACCAUGGAAAGAGCCUCACCUGUGCCACCGCCUACUACAGCUUGGCUCAGAUGGUCGAAGUGUGGAGUAAAGUCACUGGCAAGACCGUCAUGUGCAAGACCCUCGGCGUCGAUAUCCCCUUCUCCGAGGUUCCCGAGGAGCAUAGGCCGCUAUUAGAGAGCUUGGCAAGCAUCCAGGAGCUGGGGUACUAUGGACCGAGUGGUCCGGCAGACCUUGCGUGGACGCUGUCGCAGCUGUCUGAAAAGCUGGGGACUUGGGAGGACUUUGUGAAGGAUCAGGAGCCCUGGUUUUGA